AUCUGGUGCACCAGAUGAGCCUGACACAGGCCCACCUUAAGAUUGCAUCUCCCCAGCUGCGCUCCGCGUGCCUCUGGUAUGGCUCACAAUGAAAGCCUGGGGCUCCAGAUAAUGGGACUUGGCCCUAAGCACUAAUGAGCAUGCUUUUUCCUGCCAUUCUGGGAAAGCCAAGGCUGAAUUGCAGGCAGCGCCUGACCCUGAGCAGACCCUUGGCAUUUCCCAGAAUGCUGACUAGAUAGGGAGAAGGGCUUUACCUUCUAAAAGUUUGAAACUGACUCGGCUCAACAAUCUCUGUGUGCCGUGCGUGUCUAGCUCUUUCAGAGACUUCAACUUUACAAAGGAGCUGGAGGAAGCUGUCGGUUGUUGAUGCUCAACCAAAGUCGCAGCUGCCGCGGCAGGAGCAGAACCUCAGACACAGACCGGAUAGAAAGGGCCAAAGGAGGACUCUAGAGUGCACUCCUGAUGCGGCUUUCAGGGCAAGGACGCGCUUCCGACCCAAAGAGACACUGCUGCCCACUGAGCGGUAGAUCCAAGAGGACACUUCUACCAAGUACGGAGGACAGGAGGAUGAAGCUGUGGCUGCCAGGAGAACAGGUCACACCGCUGUGGCUGCUGCUGUGGCUCUGUGCCUUGCAGAUCCCCGCGGGGAGCACUGAGGUUGCUCUUAAAGCCGACCUUGACUGGACACCAGAUUCUUUUGAUGAUCAGUACCAAGGCUGUAGCAAACAGGUCAUGGAGGAGCUAAGCCAAGGAGACUACUUCAUGGAGGAAAUAGGCAGUCAUAAGUAUUACUCCAGAGCCUGGCAAAAAGCCCACUUAACCUGGUUGAGCCAAGAGGACACCCUCCCCAAGAGCAUGACCACUGUACAUGCUGUGGCCAUCUUGGUCUACACCUUGAAUCACAAUGUGAGUUCUGACUUCACCACAGCCAUGGCCAAGGCUGUGGGGUCUCCCGGGCAGUACCGACAGUCAUUCCACUUCAAGUAUUUGCAUUACUACCUCACCUCAGCCAUCCAGCUGCUGAGGGAAGAGAGAGCCAUGAAGAACAGUGACCUGUGCUACGAGGUGCACCAUGGGAUGAAGAACGUGAAGUUUGAAGUCAAAGUCGGUGCCACCAUUCGGUUUGGCCAGUUCCUUUCUGCCUCCCUGCUAAGGGAGGAGACCCAGGUGUCUGGAAAUCAAACACUGUUUACUAUUGCUACGUGCCUAGGUGCCUCUGUGCAAGACUUCUCUUUCAGGAAGGAAGUCUUGAUCCCCCCCUAUGAGUUAUUUGAAGUCGUAAGUAAGAGCCGCAGCCCCAAAGGAGAUUUGAUAAACUUGCGGUCUGUUGGGAACCUGAGCACAUACAACUGCCAGCUGUUAAAAGCCUUUCCCUCAAGAAAUGUAUGGCUUAAAUUCAGACCUGAUCUCCAACGGCCCUGCUAGUGCAGCAGAUGGAAUAAGGAGUGUGGGGUGACUGAACUCUGACUACGUGAUGCAAUUCUUAGCCCCUUGAAGAGGACCGAGAUAAAAUGCACCGGAAGUGGAAAUCAGCUCGUCUGUCCCAGAGAGGAGUGUGGGAGGAGCCAUAUACUCCAAACAGCAGGAUGGACAGCUAGCCAAGUAAGCCACCUGUCGGACUCCUCAGCAGCCGGCACCCUGUCUCUGCAGCUGGGGAGUCCCAGACUAACAGGACUGACUUAGGGUUACUAUUGCUGCAACAAAACACGAUGACCAAAGCAAGUUGGCAAGGAAAGGGUUUGUUUGGCUGAUACCUCUACAGCACUAUUUAUCAACGAAGGAAGUCAGGGCAGGAACCUUGAGUCAGGAGCUGAUGUAGAAGCCAUGGAGGGUGCUGCUUACCAGCUUGCUCCUCAAGGCUGGCUCAGCUUGCUUUCUUACAGAACCUAGGACCACAGCCCAGGGAUGACACCACCCACAAUGGGCUGUGCCAGCUCCCUCAUCAGUCCCUUAAUCAAGAAAAUGCCCUACAGGCUUACCUACAUCCCAAUCUUACGGAAGCAUUCUCUUUUUCAAACAAGGGUCCCACCUCUCAGAUGAAUAUAGCUUGGUGUCAAGUUGACAUAAAACUAUCCAGCACAAGGAACAAGAAUUACCACAAACAGUUUCUGUUACCCUUUGCAUAGAGUCUUUGGUGACAGCCUAGGGAACGGCUUUGCAGGGCGCCCUGGAGAGGCAGCAGGAAAAGUCCCCCAACAUCCGGCAUACAUUUCUCUUUGGCGCCAUAUUGUGAUCAACGAAAUUUGGUGUUAGAAUUUGUGGUAUGUGAUUUCGGUGUUAGAAAUUGAGGACAGGGUGGGCGAGAUGGUUCAGCAGGUGAAGGGGCUUGCGGGGCAAGCCUGACAACUAAACUUAAACUCUGGAACCCACAUAAAAAGCAAUAUAUGGUCAUGUGCAUCUGUAAUCCCAGUACUUCUACAGUGAGGUGGAAAACAGAGAAGGGAAUCACUUUGAAGCUCAAAUGCAACCAGCCAAACGGAAAUAUUAAAAAAAAAAACUGCCUUAAAAACAAGAUUGGCGGGUUGGAGGGGAAAACCUCCUCUCGAAGGUUACCUUCCGACCUCACAUGGAUGUCAUGGCAUGCGCACACUCACACACAUGCACAGUAGCAGAGAUAUGCUUGAUCUUACUUUUAAAAUUUAAAUACAUUUGAUCAGACCUCUCACAAAUUUGUAUUCUCUAAGAAGAAAUUUAAAAGGAAAAAGUCUCAAGAGGAAUAUGGAAAGAACGGAAAACCAAGUCCUAGGGUCAUGAGAGUCCAGGCACUUUUAAGAUGCCUUGAAGAAGAACCAGGAUGAAGGCUUUGGAUGAAGGCUUUGGAUGGAUGGUGCCAGUAUUUGAGCCAGGUCACAGGAUGUCUAGUGGGAGGGAGGGGUGAGAGGAGGGGAGGAAGACAAUAAGACAUUGUAUAUGGCAGUGUGUUGUGGCCAGAACAAGUACAAACAAACCAUAGACAUGAAGCGGGGAAGAAAAUGAGAUGCCUCUGGACCAUGGAUAUAGAAGCUUUCUAGCAGAGAUGAGAAUGUGUCUAGGUUAGAUGCAACCUCAUGUGGGUGGGACAGCUGAGAAAGAAAAGGUAAAGCUGGAUAGUCCUCAAAUUUAUACAGCCAAGAAAUAGUUAGGUCUGGCAGAGAAAGGAGUAAGGCGGUGGAAGGUGAGACUUAGAACCCACAAUGCAGGCUGACAAGAUGGCUCUGUGGUAAGGGCACUUCCUGCUGAGCUGAGUUUGACCCCCAGAAUCUACAUAGUAGAAGACUCCUCAAAGUUAUCUUCUGACCUCGACAUGUGCACAUGCACGCACGCACACACACACACAUGCACGCACAAAUAUUGUUUCAAAUAUUUUAAAAUUUAUAAAGCCACAUAACAAAGCCACAAAGUCAGCCGAAAGCAUUUCAUCUCUGUGUCUGAUCAGGUUUCCGGUGGUUCUAAACAGGGGAAUCUUAUGGAGUGCUCUCCAUACAGUUAACACCAUUGUCUCGAGCAGCCCGCAGUGAACACGGUAGAAAUAUGGGCUCUGAAGCAGAUGCUGCUAUAUCAGCAGACUCUUAGCAGUCUGUGCCUUCAUCCAGUUCCUCUCUCCUCCAACAUUGCAACCUAUGUGGUCAUGACUCUCAGGAAGUAAGUUCCUCCUGACUUAAGUUGCUGAUGACUUAAGUUCUCCCUCCUGCUGCUAUUCACAGACCAAAGCUCUGGAGACAGAAAUUAUUCUUCUGAAAUAAUGCAGACUUAUGAGUUUGGUUAAGGAUAAAAGCAUGGUUUCUAUUCCCUUGAGCUCUCCCACAAGUUCAAAGUGUUUAAGUAUGAAAUCUGUAAAGUGGGUCUUUUAUUUACAUCAAAUCAAAACCCAAGUUAGCAUUUCAUAGUUUAAGCUGGACCUGGUAACACAUCUGAAAUCCCAGCAUGGGAAGGUGGAGACAGGAGGAUGCCCAGAGUGUGCUGGGAGAUAGUUGAAGGCAUUCUGCGGGCUCCAGGGUCAGCAAGGGAACCUGUCAAUCAAACAUUGUGAAGUACGGUAGAAGAAGAUGCCUGAUAUGAGCCUUUGGCCUCUUCACACACACAAUCACACACACACAGUUGGUCACACGCACACAGUCAGACACACACACUCAGACACUCAUGAAACGGUAGACUAGUCUAGCUGUUUCGCUGUAAUAAUUCUUGUCUUCUUCUGUUAGUCCGGGGUAUCUUCUACAGAGAAAACUGAUGCUGAAAAAUUUACAUAGACCGUUAGAAGAAACUACUAGACAAGGCACAAAGUGACUACCUCUCGUAGUGAUUACAUCCAAGUAAUGACGCGUCUUUCGUUUGUGUGUAUAAAAAUAUCCAGAAUGCAUUUAAUAUUUAUUUCUAUGUCAUAGCACAGUGCUUUCUUCAAUGUGCCCAUCUGAAGCUCUGUGUGUACUCUUUUACCUAAAACAGCAGGAGAGGGGCGAGACACUUGCUGCUCUUGCGUAGGACCCAGACGCAGGUCCCAGCACCCACAUGGUCACCCACAACAGUCUGAGACUCCAGUUCCAGGGACUCCAGUGCUCUCCUGUGGAGUCUGAGGGAUCCUGCAUACAUGUAGACACAUACAUAGAUGCAGGCAGAACACCCAUAACAUACACAAGAAUGAAUAAUUUUAUUAAACAGUGAAAAUAAAGUUUCUGGAUAAUUUACUUAGGAAAUCAGUAUUUGGGGGGUUAGUUGUCCACAGAUUUGAUUCCGGUUGACUUUUGUUAAAUUAAUUCAUUUUCUUUUUAAAUUUUUUAUUGUUUUGGGUUUUUUUUGAAACAAGGUUUCUGCAUCCCAGACUAGGAUGAUUCUUCUGUCUUUGCCUCCUGAACACUAAGAUUGCAGGUGUGUGCCACCACACCCUACUACUCAGGGUUGGGGACCGAUAAGGGGCAAUGGUGCAUACAAGAGAAACAAUUUUCCAACUGAGACAUCCCUGGCUCUUGAUCUGGUCACAUCCAACUGUCAUUCUGCUGAAUUUCUGGAACCUCGGGGCCUAGCAAAGAUUGAACUGAGAAGUUGGAAAAUAAGGGAUUGGAGAUUGCCAGGCAGGGCUUUCCUCUCUGGAACGUUUUCUGGGGAUCUCAAAGGAGACUAUUAACUUUGUUUAUGGUAAAAUCACCACAGCUCCUGCCCCUCUGAGAUCUACAGCUACAGCUUGUCAGGUCAGAUGCCCUCAGGAACCACCUGCCAUCUCACUUGGCAUCCUCGGAAAUGUUUGAAGAUAAUAGCUUCAUGCUCACCAAAGUCCUGCAUGUAAGUGUUGAAAGAAUGAAAUAGGACUCUUUUUUGUAACUUUUAUUUUAUUUAAAAAUUUCAUGAGGCUGCCUGGAGAGGACUCAGCUCUCUAGGCCCUGGGAGGAACAUCCCGCUGCCCCGUCCCACCCACCAAGCCCGGGAGACCCCGAGUAGUCUCCACACACUUGAUAGCAUCCUCCACCACAUCUGUGACCACCGGAGCUUUGACACAGGUUGCCCCUGGAGAGAACUUUGGCCCAGACUGCCCCUGGAGAGAGCCUUUGCUCAGACUACCCCUGGAGAGAGCCUUGGCCCAGCCUGCCCCUGGAGAGAGCCUUGACCUAGACUGCCCCUGAAGGGAGCUUUGACCCAGGCUGCCCCUGGAGAGAGCCUUGGCCCAGACUGCCUCCGGAGAGGCACUUCAGAGUUUAUCAGUAUCCAUUAGAAACACAGACCUGCCU